GUUUUGUUUUUCAGUUUUUUUAAUAGGUUGAUGAUCUAAAGAAAUGAACGUGGAACGUGUAAACAGAAACCCUUUGCUGAAACCAAACCUGAAAUUCAAUAAAUGAACUAUUCUUCUCUAGAAGUGUGUGUCAUAACGUGCCUUCUAUAGUUUCGAAUCAAAGUCGUAUAUGAAAAUACUGGAUUGAAAUUGAAAAUGAUUCUUCAGAUAUUAUUGUUGGUUGGUGUGUCAUCGGCUUUGGCUAUAGAUAUACAACGCAUUGUUUUCAUUGUACUUAGUCAAGAAAAUAAUUACCAUUCAAAAUUGGCAGAAAAUUUGAGGAAGGAUAUAAUUUCCCAAUCUCAAACAUUAUUUGGGGAGACACCUAUAGUACAUCUAUCACAUAUUGAUUUCACACAUUUCGCAACAUGGACAAUUCUACCGAUAAUUCCAGAUUUAUCUAACUUGCAUAAAGAUAACGCUAGCUGGAUAUUUUUUCUACAGGACUACACCAAAAUCAAUUUAAAUACCCUUUUGAAUAUUUUCGAAAAUCAUGAUCCCGAAGAGGAAACCUGGUUUGGCAAUGCACUUUACGAUCAAGAAUCAACUAUAAUCCACCAUUUUGCAUUUCAUGAAGAUCCGACAUUUUUCAGAUACCCCAAUUUAGCUUCUGGUUUUGCCAUAAGCACACCUCUUCUCAAUAGAAUUGCCAAACAUUGGGAAGAGAACACAAUAGAAGUGUCCAACUUCAGCAUCGACAUUGCCCAUGAGCUAGCAAUGUUCAUCUGGAAUGACGGUAACGGUCCAAUGAUAAAGCAUGAGUCUGCAUUAUGUAGCAAGCUGCAGCCUCAUUGCUCCACGUUUCCGAAACCUUCUCAUCUCUGUGAUACUCUGGUGCCAUUAACAUCGAUAUAUUUCGCUGUGAAAACCUACCACAAAUUUCACCAAGACCGUGUUCCUGUUGUGAAAAAUACUUGGGGCAAGCAUACGCCUAUCAUCAGUUUUUUUAGUGAUAAAGAAGAUAUUUUCAUUCCGACGAUAAACUUGGGAAUACCGAAUACAGAAAAUGGCCAUUGUGCCAAAACUUUGGCCAUAAUUAGAUAUGUAGCUGAACGUAUUGAGGCGAAUAGAGAUAUUAAAUGGAUUGUUAUUGCAGACGAUGACACCAUUUUCGGAAUAUCCGCCCUCCAACGAACUCUCUCCUGCUACGAUCCAGAAAACAAAGUAGCUCUGGGCGAGCGGUACGCCUAUGACAUUAGAGAGCCAACCGGCUAUGAUUACAUCACAGGUGGCGGCGGCAUGGUGUUCAGCAGGCCGCUUUUGAAGGACCUCGCGGCUGUCUGCCGGUGCCCCGCUUCCCAUUCGCCGGACGACAUGCUGCUGGGCGCAUGCGCGGCCAGGGUUGGGGUUUCCGUUACGCACGUGCCAGGCUUCCAUCAGGCACGGCCAAAUGAUUAUGCAGCUGGUUAUCUAGAAACCCAUGAAGCAAUUUCUUUCCAUAAACAUUGGAUGAUAGAUCCAAUCAAGGUGUAUGAAAAAUGGUUCAAGGAAAACGAUGAGAUGCUUGAUGAAAAAUUUGUACAUAAUGAACUAUAGACAAUUAGAAUAUUACAGUUUGAAAUGUUUCCUUGUAUAGUCAAUUAUCAGUGUAAUAUCUA